AUGCGUGACGCACAGCGAAACCUCUCAAGGUGGGAGUCUCAGCUGCUGCUCAACACGCUGGGCAAGCUCUACUCCAGUCACGUGCUCGGCCAGGUGCCUUUCGACUUGUACGAUCCAGUGGUCACAUGUCCGCCGCCCUCCAAGCUGAUGAGGCUGGACCCCACAGGGCCCACAGCGCACCCCACUCAAUGGGUGGAUGGCGCCAAGUGGAUGUGCGUCCCCUUCCCAAGGACAGCUCGACCCGGCUGUGUAGUGCUGUCGUUUGGAUCCAAUGAUCAAUUUGAAUUUGAAGAAGCGGCCUUGGACAUGACGCCGUGCACCGUACAUACGUUCGACUGUACGACAGGGAUGCUUGGGAACGCCACUCAUUUCGAGUCCAUAGAUCCCGUCCGCCACACGUUCCACCCUUACUGCGUUGGUAGCCAGGAAAUGGCGCAGGAGAACCCGACACAGGUGCUCAGUUGGGAGGGUGUUAUACGUGAGGCAAGGCCUCCAUCCCCGGAUGCUGUACGGGGUCGUAGGCUGCAGGAAGGCCACCUCGGUUCGGACAUCGCGACGGAGGCGGAGGCGGCACUGCACAUGACCGGUGUAACAGAAGCCGGCGAGGAUGUUGACGACGAGGUUGCGCUGGCUCGUGGUAAGGGCUUGGUAGGCGGCCGGUGGUGGCGGAGGCGGCUGCUGCAGCGCGGCGGGCUCUGGGCUGGCGGCGGGAGCAGCGGCCGCUCACGCCGACGCGAAUCGGCGCCCGAGGUGUUCAUCCUCAAAAUCGACGUUGAGGGCUUUGAGUGGCAGCUGAUUUCUGAAUGGGGCCCAGACACGCCGGGAUUGCCCGCUUUCCUCGCCAUCGAAAUUCACAACUGGGUCGAGAAGUUCACGCUGACGGUGCCGCCGCCACCGCCCCCACCGCGGCCACGGUACAGUGCUCUGGCCUGGUGGCUGUACGGCAAGCGCGCGACGAUGCGCGCUUCACGCGCUUCACGCGACGCCGUUUUGGCGGCAGCGUCCAAGCGGCAGCGGGUUUACGGUGGUGAGCUUAGCCUCAUGUUUUUGCAUCUGGCGCGGUUGGGCUAUGCGAUUGUGUCUCGGGAGGACAACCCGAACGGCGAUCACGAGGGCAAGUUGUGCUGUGCGGAGUUUCUUCUUAUCCGGGUUCGGGGUCCGGAGGAAGGGCGGCCCGGGGCUUGGGACUGGAGCCACUGGUUCACCAGCUUGAAGGAGGGUCUGGCACCACUUGUGCGGGGCCAACGGCGGCUGCUGGAGUACGUGCGGCGACGGUAA